AUGCGACCUACGGCCAUUCUCAGGAGCGCGAUCUAUUCAGCAGCAGCAGCGUCAAGGUGUAGUUCGAGCCUGAUUCUGUGCGAAGGGCAUCUUGCGGCAGCUCGACGCCGUCCUACUGUUGGUUGGCAGGGCUGGAACAGAAAGUUUGGCAAGAUGGCUGAGAUGACGGGUACGCCGGCGACGACGACAGAGACGCCGGCUGUGCAGGACACGCAGAGUCUGGGGAAGCGGCCGCACUCGGCGAGUAGCCCAGUGGCGGGGCGGCAGGCGAAGCAACAGCGGACAUCGAAGAAGAAGAUCAAGGGCCGCAAGCCCAAAAAGGUGACGGACGGGUCUGCUGAGGAGGUGUUGCUGGCGGACGUGCAGUCGCUGCUGGCGACUCUGAAGCUGCAGGAGAGCGGCAGAGGCGUGGUGGCGGAGACGGGGGCGGAGACGGAGGCGGAGACAGAAGCAUCCCAGUUUGUGGACGAGGAGGAGGACCUGCCCGAAAAGGGGACCGAGAUUGAGCUGGACGUGGUGGAUCUGUCAUCGACGGGCGAUGGACUGGCCGUAUGGCGGCGGGACAGUGAGAAGGAGCGCAGCAGCAGCACUAAGCCCAAGAGACGGCGCAUCUACGUGGUAUCGUUUGCGGUGCCGGGCGACGUGGUGCGGGCGCGGGUGUACCGCCACCUGCCGGCAGCACGGAGCGCAGACGAGGUGGCCUACUCGGUGGCGGACUUUCUGGCCGUGGUGCGGCCGUCGGCAGAGCUGCGCGAUGACGGAGCGCGGGUGCGGUGCCGGUACUUUGGGCGGUGUUCGGGGUGCCAGUACCAGAUGCUGGACUACGACGAGCAGCUGCGGAUCAAGCGGCGGGUGGUCGAGCGGGCAUACCGGCACUUCUCGCGGCUGCCAGCAGCAUCAGUGCCGGCCGUGUUGGACACCGUGGCCAGCCCGCUGCAGUACGGCUACCGGACGAAGCUGACGCCGCACUUUGACGGUCCGCCGGGAUUCCGGCACAAGAACCGUGCUGGCCACACGCUGCCGGCCGUGCCCGACAUUGGCUUCAUGCAAAAGGGCGGCGGCCCACGCACGACGCUCGACAUUGAGCACUGUCCGAUCGGGACGGCGGCGGUGGCUGCGGGCAUGACACGGGAGCGGUCACGUGUUGCGCGGGACUUUGGGUCGUAUACGCGGGGGGCGACCAUUCUGCUGCGGGAGAGUACGCGGCGGGUGCCGAGAGGAGACAAAGAAGAGGGCGAGGCUGUGGAAGAGGACCCGCUGGCGGUCCGGGUCGAGGCCGACGGGCACACGGACAUCAAGACGUGCAUCACGGACAACAACGCGACCAGCACGGAGUAUGUCGACGACUACCUCUUCACCAACCCGGCCGGCAGUUUUUUCCAGAACAACAACUCGAUCCUGCCGGUGCUGACAGCCUAUGUGCGGGCCAACGUGCUGCGGCCAGCGUCGGACGAUGCAGCCCAGAAGCCGAUCCGCUUUCUCGUGGACGCCUAUUCCGGCUCCGGUCUCUUCACCAUCACGCUGGCAUCGACGCUGGCGGGCGGCAGCAUCGGCAUCGACAUUGCAGAGCAGUCCAUCGCCUAUGCGCGGGCCAACGCGGCCCUCAACCAGCUGCCGCCCGAUCGCUGUCGGUUCAUCGCGGCUGAUGCGGCCCAGCUGUUCGCUUCCGUCUCGGGUGGCGACGCCGCCGUCGCCUCCUCUCCGCCCGACGAGACCGUCGUCGUGCUCGAUCCACCCCGCAAGGGCUGCGAUGCUCCCUUCCUUCGCCAGCUGCUCGCCUACGCUCCCGCCCGCAUCGUCUACGUCAGCUGCAACGUCCACACCCAGGCCCGUGAUGUCGGCAUGCUCGUUCGCGGCCGCGUCGACGGCUUCGCCGGCGAGGGCCUACCCCGUCCCGGCCAAGACGACGUCGUCGCUCAUGGCACCCGCUACGCCAUCGAGAGCCUUCGCGGCUUCGACUUCUUUCCGCAGACCGCCCAUGUCGAGGGCAUUGCCGUGCUGAAUCGGUGUUCGUGA